CGCCUAUUUAUGAUAUAAAAAAAGGUAAUCGCCUAUUAUUUCAAAAAAAAUAAAAAAAAAUAAAAGGGUAAUCGCCGUUCGACAAUCCUUUCAGACGUUCGGAAAGUAAAAUUCCGGCCCCGAUCGGAAUCGCCGUGUAGUUUCAUUAGUUCGUCUUCUCGGCUCGGCGGCUCCUCAUUUUUCAGAUACGGCCAUAAUCAAAUCCAAAGCUAUGUCAUCCUCAGCGAAUUCUCCCUGCGCGGCUUGUAAGAUGCAGCGGCGGAAAUGCACACAAGAUUGCGUUUUUGCGCCAUAUUUCCCGCCGGACCAGCCACAGAAGUUCGCCAAUAUCCACAAGGUCUUUGGCGCCAGUAACGUCUCCAAGAUUCUCAAUGAACUCAAUGCAGCUCAGCGCGAAGACGCCGUUAACUCGCUCGCGUACGAGGCGGAGUAUCGGCUGCGAGAUCCGGUUUACGGUUGCGUCGGACUAGUGUCUGUUCUCCAGCACCGGCUCAAACAGGUGAUGCGAGAUUUGAGCAGUGCCAAGAGGGAAUUGGCAACUUACAUCGGCCCGAAUGCUCUGGCCCCGCUUUUCCCACAACCCGGGUUUGUACCGAAUAAUAACCACAACCAUAAUCAUAAUCCGCCUUCUUCUGGCGCUGGAGUGAUUUUGCCGUAUAACAUGCACCAGCAGAUGAUGAUCCACGAUUCUCAUCCAGAUUCUGACCAGCAUCAUCAGUUAAUGGAACCUCAUCAUCAGUUGAUGAUUGGGGAGCCGACAGACAUGUUCCGGGCUUACGAUCAGCAACAACCGCAGCAGCUCGAGCUCAUGGGGCUUAAUAAUGGAGGAUUCGAAUCCGGUGGGCCGGUCACAGCCACCGGAUAUCAUCAGUCGACUGUUCCUACAGCGGCUAUGUCGCCUUCCUUGGCUUUGGGAGCAUACCCCAAUGCUUGUUAUUCCUUCCAGGAGGACCAAUCUCAUCCGCAUGACCAUCCACAGAUUGUUCAUCAGCUUCAGCCACAACAACUAAUACUUCAACAAGAACCGCAGCAGCUCAUUGAACCGCAGCAGAAUCCAGAGACCCAAAGCGAGGAGGAAGGUCGGAGCGUUGGUCAUCCUUCGUGCUAACGUCUUGUCAAAGAUCCCUUGCCGUCUAUGUGAUUCAUUCAUUCCACCCAUGCGGUUUCCUACCUAGAAUCAGCCGAUGCAGCCACCCCAGCCAGAACUUCAUAAAUUUCAUCAGAAUCAACCGAAUCAGCCGAUUUUCAUGUUACCAAACGGACUCUUAGUCUUUUCACGGCUAGGAUGUAUCACCUUCAGAAAUCAUGCAUAACCUACAUAUGCUUUAAAAGUUUAGCCUUUCUGAGGCUUUGUGGCUAUGCAUUUAUAUCGUGCUUUAUCUUCAGAAAAAAUUAUGGAGUAAUUAAUUAGGGUUUGCAUUUUGUAAAGUGAUGGUAGAAUGACCUAGCAAGGGGACGGGUAUAUUGUGUAAAAUUUGGGGAAGCGUCUUUGAUUUAGAGGAAGAGGGUAAGACCACCUUGCUACUACGCAUUAACCCUUGAUGGAAUCUCUAGGAUGCCCUUUUGGGAGGUGCCCUUUUGAGAGUUUAAUUUUGUCUAUUCUAGUUUUCCACAUGAAAUCACAAAAGGGCGUAGCUAAAGAGAUAGGGGUCACUAGUCACCACCCAUGCAACCUCCUCUCACUAAUAAAUCUUUGUGAUUUGAGGUCAUUCUCCCGAAAAAAUAAACUUUCCGGCAAAUUAUACUGGUAAAGAUGUUGUCGGCAUUGGAUUUUCUGCCAGAAAGUGUGCUUUUUUGGGGGAAAGUCCUUAAAUCGCAAAAGCCGAUUAGUUAGAGGACUAAAUUUACAAGGGACUAAAUUUAUGGGACUAAUAAUUAAUGAAAACAACUAAAAGGUACAGAACUAAACAGAACAGAACAGGCCAUACAAGACUUAAAUAGACUAGAUCAAACCAGAGCAUACUUCAAUAGUUAUAAAAUACACACAAACAAGACAUUUAUUUAGCAGACCGGACCAGACUUAAAUCUAGGUUACGCACUAGUAUCAGACCCAUAUUUAGUACAUUAAAGCAAUAUUGUGUGAAGGAACUAAAGUUGAUAGUAAUUGAUCAUUAUGCCUCAAAUUAGUUACUAUUCCUUUUUGUUCGCCUUAGUGCCCGUUUGAUAGUCACGAUAUUUGGCUUUUCAAGCUUAUAAGCCAACUUUUUUUACCAAACACGUAACUUUUGGUUUUGCGAACUGAAUUGUGUAAUAAUAAAAAAAAGUAAGGUUGACUUUUCUGACUGUAUUGGCUGAAAUUACUGUAGAGGGUCAUUUCAACUAUUUUUUCAUAUAUUUUUUCCUUAUUUUAUUAAAAUAUGUAUUUUAAAUUAUUAUUUUUUCACAAAUUAACAGAAUCAACCAAUACAGCCACAUCAACCAGAACUUCAUAAAUUUCAGCAGAAUCAGCCAAUACAGCCGAUUUGGCUAUUACCAAAUGAGGUCUUAAUAUAUAUCUUCAAUCUGUUGGAAGAAAAAGCUAAUUUGGGUAAGUUGCUGGUAAGGUACAUUAAUUAACACGUUGGAGCCUAAAUUGAGCUGUUACACACUAGUUUUAAUCUCUCUUUGUUAAAUGUAGAACUAGAGACAUGUGAUAAAUAAGCGUCAAGGAAGUUUGUGCAUUUGAAGAAAAUCAUAAAGCUUGGGGAGUUACGACAUCAAUGCUGGAGCUGGAUGGAUUAAUCUUGAAGACAGUGAAACAUUCAUGUUUACAUUUCACAUCUAUUUAAUCCGUUUCACAUAUUGUGUUUACCAUUUAUAUUUCCCUUCUCUUCCUUUUUAUUAUUGUUUUAAGUUUUAAGUGAUUAUAAUAGCUUUAAUUUGUAUUUGAAGUAUGUGCUUUUACAGAAUGUUUUUAAUUAGACUGAAGUUUCUAAUUUGGUUUUGUCUAUUUA